GCCUCAUGUUUAUACUCGGCUUUUGCAUUAUGCGCUCUAUUCGGCCUCGUCGAUACUAGGUAAGUGAAGGCACGAGAGCUUGAACACGUUGUCUACGGAGUGAAAGAAACAUGUGUCCUUGAUAUUAGUGAAGACAUAAAUAUACCAGUCAACCUCAAGAUUAUUCCAUUCUCACCAAGCAACAGCGGCUCAUUCAAUAAUUCAUCAGCUUACCUUUUAAUUUUCAUACAUCCGUAUAAUACCAAUAACUUACCACCACUUCCUAAAUUCAAAAUGGUUACCUCUGGAUCUCCUUCUGAAUCCCCUCGUGGAGCUCCAAGCAACAUUGAUGCUUUUGCUCUGUUUGAGGCUCUUACGGGCCACAAGAUCGACCGACGCUCUAUUUCUUCUAGGACCAUGUCCGAGGACUACGAGGUCCUCGGCAACGAGAGGGAUGACCGCCCUCUCCUUGGCCAGGAACCUUCUCCUGAUGAGCCGCCCAAGGAUGUGUUUAUUGGUGCUAUCAACCCGUAUGCCCUGGUUGAGGCCAUGAUCGGCCAUCGAUUGGACCGUCAUGCUCUGUCUACUGCGCGCAUCCUCUCGGAUGUCCUACAGACCGACUACGAAGAGCUCUUCGACCUGAAGCACAACUCGGUGCUCUUUGCUGGCCUCAAGCUCAACGAGGAGAACCGCCAAGCCGAGGAGAUCUCCGAGAAGGAGAUGCAGAUCCUUGAGGAGCGCGACCUUGUCACUCCCGACUUGUCCCGCGUCAAGAAGCUUGACGACCUCGAGAAGAUCGGCCUCAAAGAGGUCGGCGACGUCCGCAUCAAGAUGGCUCGCAUGCAGAACGGCAAGCUCCGUCUUGUCCUCGAUGGCCAGUCUCUCGGCAAGACUAUCGGUAACCGCGAUGUUACCGAGACCAUCAACGAGCUCGUGCUUCCCUUCCGCCACGGAAAGGAAGACCACUCGUGGUCUCCUCCCAACAGCUCCUGGCGCGACAUGAACGAGGUCAUCUUCCGGAACAUCCCACGUCGCUUCAUGGACGGCCCACCCUUCGCCAUGCACGGCAACUCCCACCAAUUCCGGGAGCAAUACCAGCACCGCUUCGACGACCCGACCCAGGGAGCCUCGAGCAACAGCUGGCUAAUCGCAGCCAUCUUCUCCGUGUUCUGGGCGAACCCCGCCAUGAUCAACCGAUCCACACGGAUGACCAUGACUGGGCCCAUGGACCGCGGCCGCCGCACCCUGAACGUCCGCUUCCACGACAAGGGCGGCCGCAACAACGCCGACACGGACACCGUCGAGGUCGACUACCAGAUCCCCGUCAACAACUCGACCGACAUGCCCAUCUACUCGCGCUCCAGCGACGGCUACGAGACCUGGCCCGCUCUCUACGAGAAGGCCUUCAUCAAGUGGAUGACGCGUUCUGAGGACCGCGGCCGCGUCGACAUGACGCAGGCUCACAACGGCGACCCAAUCAAGGCCAUGGCCCAAAUUAACGGCCGCGAGCCCCGUUAUUACUUCACCGACCGCCACUCCGGGUCUGAGCUCGUAGGCCUCGUGCGCUCUUGCAGCGUUAACAAGCGCACUAUUAGCCCCAUGGCUGCGUGGACGCACGCCACGGGAGACAUGUUCCGCGGAAGCAACCUGGUUGCUAACCACGCGUAUUCGGUCCUGGGCUGGGUCAGCGAGGGCCAGGAGGAUAACCAGUACAUCAUCAUCAGGAACCCGUGGGGCGUGACCGAACCUCGGGGUCUCACAUCCUACCCCGGCCUUCUCGACCGCGUUGAACCCGAAUUCUGGCCGCCGGCAGCUCUCCUCGACCGGGACGGCGUUUUCAGUGUCGAGGUUCAGGCUUUUAAGAAAUACUUUGCGUGUAUCGGAGUUGCCAAAUAAGCCAGCCACUCCUCCGUCAUCGGACGGUGUGCAAAUCGUCUCAUAACGUCCUUGUGGGCUGAUUCAGGUUUCAGCUGCUCUGCGUCUGUGGGUUUAUGGUGGAUUUGUUGGGGCUUGGGUUUUCUUGGUUUGCAUUAUAGUUAUCGAGUAAAAUUGCCAUAGACAACGCAGAUCUUGUAUGUCUGGGGACUUAAAAAAAGGGGCUGCUUUCUGGAGAGAAAGGUUAGGGUAUUAGGUUAUAGACGUACAGAUUGGCAAUUUACCUAUAGGUUUAUCAUACGUGCCUUGUCUAUCUUCAGCUGUUGUGUGUCUCAACUAACGCUGGACUUGUUAUAGUCCCUAGGUUAGGUAUAUAUGACACCUGUUUGAUACUAAUACAGGGUCAGCGUACAUAGAAUCAUAAUUGGCCCGAUUGGGUACAAAACAGGUGUAUCGUCCUAGCAUUAAUAUUUACACUACUAUAUGCUUAGCCACGUCACCGGCUCGAGAAACAGCUUUUGCAUUAAACUAUUCGUCUGGUUUAAAGCUUCGUCG